GAGGAAGAUAAAAGAGCUUCCUGACGUGGCAAACGAAGAAAAAAUGUAAGUCCAGUUGAAGACAAAAUAACAAUGAAAGAAUAGCUGAUGGAGUGAUGAGGAUGUUGGAAUCCCCAUGAACGAGAAGAAACAGGGGAGGAAAAACUGGAAAAGAGGUAGAAGAAAUUAGUGGAAACCAAGACUCAAAGUUGGACACCGGGACAAAGUGAAGUGUAAAGUGGACACGGGAGGGGAGAAACAUCUGGAUGACRUCCACAGCUGCUGGUUAUCCACCCUCCAAAGAUGGCCUCCAACUUYAACGACAUCGUCAAGCAGGGCUAUGUGCGCAUGCGCAGCCGUAAACUUGGGAUUUAUCGACGCUGCUGGCUCGUGUUCAAGAAGUCAUCCAGUAAAGGACCUCGUCGUCUGGAGAAAUAUCCUGACGAGAAGGCUGCUUUAAUCAGAGCAUGUCCCAAAGUGACAGAAAUUAGCAACGUGAAGAACAUCACGCGGUUACCUCGGGACACCAAACGACAAGCGGUAGCCAUUGUGUUUACAGACGACACCUCACGCACCUUCUCCUGUGAAUCAGAGCUGGAGGCAGAGGACUGGUUUAAGAUGUUGUCUAUAGAGUGUCUCGGGAUGCGCCUAAAUGACAUCAGCAUGGGAGAACCUGACCUCCUGGCUGCUGGAGUGCAGUGUGAGCACACAGAGCGUUUCAACGUGUUCCUCCUUCCAUGUCCCAACCUGGACAUUUACGGGGAAUGUAUGAUGCAGAUCACAAACGAGAACAUUUACCUGUGGGACAUCCACAACCCUCGCACCAAGCUGGUCACCUGGCCUCUCUGUUCGCUGCGGCGCUACGGACGCGACGCCACUCGCUUCACCUUUGAAGCCGGACGGAUGUGUGACAGCGGUGAAGGCCUCUACACCUUCCAGACCAGGGAGGGAGAGCAGAUCUACCAGAGGGUCCACUCCUCCACGCUGGCCAUUGCUGAGCAGCACAAAAAGGUUUUGCUGGAGAUGGAGAAGAACAGCCGGCUGCUGUCUAAGUGCUCAGAGUCGAGCUCCUACCCAUGCACACCCACCGCCAUCCUACCACGAUCUGCCUACUGGCAUCACAUCACUGGAAACCAGACUGGCAUGGAGCCUGGCUGCACACACACACACACACACACACACACACACACACACACACACACACACACAAGAAGACGUGAACACUGGGAAAGAGGCACAAACACACACUCAAGACUAAAGACACUUUCUUCUCUUUAGCUGACAGUCCAGCGUUAGACUUUAUGAGACCUCAUUGUUGCAGGACCACACAGAGACUGGGCUUCCUUCCAUGACUGCAGAUCCAGGUUGUGAGUUCUUCUACACUCGAGCUUUGUGGUGUAAAAAAAAGACCUGAAAGCUCUGUGUGCUUUUAACUACCCAGUUCAUCUCAAAGAUGCAGYGAGGAGCCUUAAAGAUUGUAGGGACAUUUUUUUUUGCACUGGAUUUGUACUCCAUAUUUCUUUAGUAAUUUAAUAUCAAACAAGUAGCUUUAUAACUCAGCUGAUGUGCAUGUUCGAGUAAUCUGAGGUGAAACUAGGGAGGGUUUACUUUGGUCAGCUGCUGGCUGUCACUCAGUUAUCUGCUCCCUCGGUUAUUACCCCCACAUCACUUUUUUAUCUCAUGUGUUUCAUUAAUUUAGCUGAACCUCACGCUUAAAAGCUAACACUGGAAUUUAUUUUUAAAUUUGGCUUGCUAGCUUUAGAAAAACAAAGCUUUUAUCAUGUACACUGUAUUUAAAUGUUCAUAAUGAAUAUUUUGUUCAUUUGUUUUAAUGAUGAUGCUGCUUUAUGUUAUUUAUUUCUAGUUCUAUUUAUGUUAUGACAAAUAUGCCACUUUUAUCUUAUUUAUUUUGAGUACUGAUUUCUGAUUUCCUAGUAAUUAAACUAGUAAAGAUCUUAGUAAUAUUAGGGAUAAAAGGCCAAGAAUGUCUUCACAAACAGAUUUUUUUUUCUAAACAUAUGCAUAUGUCUAACCCUUCAGUAUGGAUGUUUGACAGACUUUAACAUUUUUACAGUGUUUGAUGACAAACAGGGCUGUUCACAGCAAAUUUAUGGCCUAAACUAAAGUCCUAUGUAGCUACAUGCCAAGACCAGGCAGCUUUAGAAGUGCGUUGUUCUCUAUUUAUUUUAUUCAUUAAUUGUAGAACCAGCGAGGUACAGCUUCAGCUUCUCGCCUCGAGAGCAUCGGGUUUCAGGUGACGUUCGUUGGAAUUACGAGGCCAGUUUUGCCUGAUGGAACAGUGUGUGGACCGAGGCUGCAAGGUGCCUUAAUUAGCACUUCAUGGACCGUGCUACCAUUGGAGACAUACACCCGGGUUUCUAAUGUGGGAGAUUCCCAGUGAGCCAGAGAGGCAGUCCCUUUGCAUCUGGCAUUGAAUGCCUUCAGUUUUGCUCAUAAUUAAAGUGACGUUCUCCGUUUUUACCGAGGUUCUGAAAGGAGGAACGAUGGCAUCACUGGAUCCAUCUGUAUGAAGCUGCUCUUCUUGUAAACUGGAUAGAGACACCACUAGAGCUUCAGACAUUUUUUCUGUGUUGGAGAUUGAUCCACCUCCAUGUAUCAACAUGCUUGUAUUGAGUUUUUUUUUUUAAAUGUAAACCCAUUUCUUCAGGGUCUAAAGAUGAAGGGAGGGCCUACAAGGUCAAGAUUAAGAAAAUAAGAUUUUGGAGAUAUUUGAAAUGUUGAAGGAUAAAAAAAGUAAUGUUUUUAAAUUUUCAUGUUUGUCAAAAAUAUUACAGGAUAUUCUACAUAAACACAAUAGAAAAUUAAAUUAAAACUGGUGGACAUGUUUAAGGUCUGAUGUGGGAAUAAAACACAUGUUUAGGUUAUCUUUCUGCCUGAAAUCCAGAUCAGAGGUCCACAUGAGCUGUUCUGGUUGAUGAACAUCAGUUCAAAAGAACAUUUCAUUCUGCUGGUUAGGUCCCAAUUUACUACCAGUGUUAAUUAUACUCAAAACCAGAUAUUAUGGAUUUAAUUAAAAAAUUAUAUCAACUGGUCCCACUCAACUGAAUGGAAGGGAACACAUUUACUUUACGUUAACUUUACAUUUACGUAAAGUAAACAUGUUACCUUUACUCCAUUCAGUUGUGUGGAACCAGUUGACAUGAUUUUUUUUUUUCAAUUAAAUCCAUUAUAUCUGUUUUUGAGUAAACAAGCCAUGGUUUGUAGCUGGUCUGAUGCAUCUCAAUAAUCCAGGUAGAAAAAUCUAGAAAAAAAGUUGGCAUUUCUAACAUAGAGGUUCCCUAAAUUACAAUGUCUGGCAAAAAAUCAUGAAUCACCACUCUUGAAGAAAUUUCAGCCUCCUUUUUUAUUUUGUAGAAAAGAAGAGACAAACAUGAUUUCUUUUCCACCCCUUUUUUUUCUUUGGUCAUAAAAAAUCAGUACAUGAAAAAAAAAACGUUUGAACGUUUCAGGAUCCAGCUGUUAGAUGAAAGAGCUCGAUGAAUAUUCUCAAACAGGGAGGAUCAAAAAUAUGAAUAAUCCUUUAGUUUAAAAACAAAAAMACUGUGAACUUUAAAUAAUACGUCUGUUCACAAGGUUGUGGUCAUAUCAGCAUGAAUAAAAAUCAAGCUCUUCAGUGUAUAAUCAUUUAAUGUAGCGACUGAUCCAAGCUUUAUGUCUGAGCCCMACUGGUAAAACUUUACAACACAGUGACCUAAAUUUUCUUAUUUACUGUAACAGAAAGCAGUCUGAAACUUUAAGUACAUCCACUAUUUUUGCCUCAGAAUUGUUUGUCAAACAUAGAAACUGUAAGAGAAAAGCUGGGUAAGUGGGUCAUGCUGCAUCAUCCAGGUGUGUACAGAACUACUUUUGUCUUCUGUUGUAUGAAACAAACUUGAUGCGACACAAAGAGUGCCAACAUGUUUGGAUGUGUUUCUUCCCUGUGGGCUCAUGCAGGAUAUAAAUGUCUGAUUGCUGCCUUUAAUUCUGUAUGGAAGAGGUUUAGAAUAGUUGGAUUAGAGUUUUUGGGAAUGCACGGAUCACUUCGACACUGUUUAAAAAUGCAGACAUAUUAGACUGAUUAAUGCUGGAAUUGCCCGAYAUCUUCCACUCAGUGGCUUGUAGGAGUUUGUUUUCAAUAAUUUAAACAUUACAGGGCUAAACAUUUUCUGUCACAUACUGUAACUCGUGUAUUGACUGUCAUGGUGUUUUCUUUCUUCUGUGAUUACAUUUUGUAUCUAUUGAGGGGAUAUUGUACAUAUUGUUAUUUAUUUCAUGUGAAGGGUGUGUGGGUGUGCGCAAGAGUUCUGCAAGAGUGGGUCCACCCAACACAUGGGAUUAUUUGAACAUGUGUUCAUUUAAAAUGCAAACGGAACACAAUUUUGCACCUUGCCCGAGCAGGUGGCACUUCGUCAGCACAGAUCUGCACCUGAGUGGACUGCAAGGAGACCUCUACCGUCGGGCUUUGAGUCUGCACUUCUCAAGGUGCUAAUGUGUUUGUUCAUAAAUUAAUCCCAGUUGCAUCCCCUCAGCCCCGUAUCCUGUUUUAUGCUGCUGUUUUGUUUGUUUUUUUCUUKCUAUGUUAAAAUACUGUAGCAGGCAGGGGUGGAGGGUGUCAUUCAGUAAAAAAGGCUGGUAAAAAUGGAUCUUGUGAAAUCUUUUUGUUCAGUUGAGCUCCUUGGACUCAGUMACAGAGUCAUAAAUCAUUUAGACUCUUUUAA